ACCACGCACGGCCCCGCCCCCUCGCCUCCCUUGUUUUCAAACGGAGGGGGGCGUGGGUGAUUGGCUACCGUGGGGGCCACGUGACUAACGGUCGCGGGAAAGCCGCGGAGUCCGAACGUGUGCGAGGGAGAGCGGAGCGGUUGGACCUCGUCGCGAGUGGCAUCGGCGCCGCUGUCAGGAAGGCGGAGGAUCGCCUCAGGACGAUCAUGAGUUUCCUCAGCCUCCAGCAGCUGCUGCAGGAGCGGGCGGCAGUGUCUCGUCGCCUCACCGCCGCCCCGAUCAGGCAGAAGCUCCUCUUUCCCGGCAGCGGGAGCGAUUGCGAGGAGGAGGAAGACGAGGAGGACUGUUAUGAGGAGGAGGAGGAGGAAGGCGGCAGCAGCUGCAACAGCACCGGGGAGGACUCCGCCUUCCAGGAGGCCGACUCCCCGCUCUCGGUCAGCCGCACCCCGGCCAAGCGGCAGCCUCCUCGCCCGCCCCAGCAGGAAGAGGGAGAGGAAGGGGACGGGGCGCCCAUGGAACUGGCCCCCGCCGGGCGCGAAGGCGAGGAGGAGGGCGACUCCUGGGAGGAGGAGGGCUUCGGCUCCUCAAGCCCCGUCAAGUCCCCCGGCGCCUACUUCGCCGCCGGGUCGCCCCCGCUGCUCCGCCCCGGGCCCGCCGCCUCUUCUUCGGUCUCCCCCGCCGCCCCUUCUCGCCGCCUCCUUCUAAGCCGGAGCCCGCAGCCGCCGCUCCCCGGGACGCCGCCGCACAAAACCUUCCGCAAGCUGCGCCUCUUCGACACGCCGCACACGCCCAAGAGUCUGCUUUGCAAAGCAGAAAGAAUGGGCUCAAGUUCAGCUAAACUCCGAGGUGGCUCUCUCUUUAUGAAUGUUGGAAAACUAGUAAAACAGGAAUCCGACAUGGGUCAAGCCCCUCACGUGAACAUUAAUCCCUUCACUCCAGAUUCUCUCUUCCUUCAGUCUUCAGUUGGACAGUGUCGCAGAAGAAAGAGAACACACUGGAACAACUCUUAUAGCGAAGACAUGGAAGCAAGUGAUGGAGAGCUGGAAGAUGAAACUGUCAGACCUGCCAAGCGUAUCAGCAUCACAGAAAGUAAUAUGAAAUCACGAUAUGCCACAGAAUUUCAUGAGCUAGAGAAGAUUGGAUCUGGAGAGUUUGGUUCGGUAUUCAAAUGUGUGAAAAGACUUGAUGGUUGCAUCUAUGCAAUAAAGCGAUCGAAGAAGCCAUUGGCUGGUUCAAUUGAUGAGCAAAAUGCUCUUAGAGAAGUCUAUGCCCAUGCAGUUUUGGGACAGCAUUCUCAUGUAGUCAGAUACUUUUCUGCCUGGGCAGAAGAUGACCAUAUGCUUAUACAGAAUGAAUAUUGUAAUGGUGGCAGUUUAGCUGAUGCCAUAAGUGAAAACUACAGAAAUAUGCGCUAUUUCAGUGAGCCUGAAUUGAAAGAUCUGCUACUUCAGGUUGCUCGUGGUUUAAAAUAUAUCCAUUCAAUGUCAUUAGUACACAUGGAUAUAAAACCUAGCAAUAUAUUUAUAUCUCGGACCUCAAUUCCAUCUACAAUAUCUGAAGAUGGUGAUGAUGAUGAGUGGUCAUCUAGCAACGUUAUAUUCAAAAUAGGAGAUCUCGGUCACGUCACUAGAAUUUCCAGUCCACAAGUAGAAGAAGGAGAUAGUCGUUUUCUUGCCAAUGAGGUUUUACAAGAGAACUAUAAUUUCUUGCCAAAAGCAGACAUUUUUGCCCUUGCACUAACUGUGGUGUGCGCUGCUGGUGCUGAACCACUGCCAGCCAAUGGGGACCAGUGGCAUGAAAUACGACAUGGCAAACUGCCUAGAAUUCCACAAGUACUUUCUCAGGAGUUUUUAGAGUUAUUGAAAACUAUGAUACACUCUGAUCCAGAGAAAAGACCUUCAGCAGUUGCGCUAGUUAAGCAUUCUGCACUAUUAUCUACUGCCAGGAAGAGUGCUGAACAACUGCGAAUAGAACUGAAUGCGGAGAAGUUCAAAAACUCUUUGCUGCAGAAGGAAUUGAAGAAAGCACAGAUGGCAAAGGCAGCAGCUGAAGAACGAGCACAGAUUUCAGAUCGAAUGACAACUAGAUCUACAGUACAGACCAGGACGGCUCGUCUUAAUGGAAAGAAAAUGAACCGCUCAGUUAGCCUCACAAUAUACUGACUUGACCAUUCCAUAAAACUGGCAAAGGAAAUGGAUGGAAUAUUGCUGGACUAUAUUAAGAAUGGAAGAGAGAAUUCUGUGUCUUAUUUUCUCUUUAAUCACUGUCACUGCUUUUUAAAAGGAGCCUUUUACAAUUUUAUUUUUACCAAAUGCAGUUAAAUAACUGUUUUCUAAAUCCUCAAAAGAAUCUAGGAUGUUAACUUCCAAGCCUUUCAUUUACACCUUAAUGCGAACCACUAGGAGGGUGGUGUGCUGCUUUUUAGUUUCAGUGAAAGGCAUUUACCUAGACGUCUUCGGGGACUUUGUAAACUGGCUCUGUUUGGAAUAGAGGGAAGAGAUGCCAAAUGCUAGAGGUUAGCAGGUUGAACCAUACCUGGUGUCAGGUAAACUGUUGUGAAUGUUGUGUAUUCAACUGGGAGCACUUUGUUAGACAUUGCGUAGACCACAGGAAUAAGGCUGUGGAAACAUGCCAUGUGAAACUGCUGCUAUUUUUAGUUUGUCCUUGCUGUAAAACUGUAGCAUUAAAACAAUCAUUGUGUUAGCAGGCUUUCUUUUUAAAGAAAAUUAUGUGAAAAAUGUCAAAGCUGCCUUAGGGAAAGCAGCAUCCUUCUCUAAAGCUAGUGUACUUUGUACAGUCAAUGCGCCAAUUUUAUAUUUGAAUUACAUUAUUAGUGUAAAUAUUUUGUUUUGUAAUUCUGAUAAAAGUUCUCUAAAACAUUCUUCUCCUAUCUCCUCCUCCUCCUCUUCCUUCAUCUGUUAAUAUUUGAAUGUUUGCAUUUUUCAUAAUUGUACAUAGAUGUACUGUUUUACCAUUUUUCAACAUGAAUGUAUUUAGCUGUUCUUAUAGUGUACCAUACUGAAGGCUGUAGUUUGAGAUGGCAGGAGAUUCUAUACAAAAAUAUUUCAGUGUUAGAUAAUAUAAUUGGCCCUUCUAAUAAUCUGUUCUGGUAUUGACAAAAUACGUGCUAUUCAUUAUGGGUGUUUGGUUUGAACCAAUGUUUUCCCACUUGAAAUGUUUCACUUUGGUUUAAUUAGUAUUGAAUUGGAAUAUUAAAGUGACAUUUUGAAAUUAA